CAAGUUCAUUCAUCCAGGGCCUGCUGAGUCACGCUUAUGAAAGUAACUGCCCGGCCCCGCCCGCCGCCGCUCGGUGAAAUACCCUCGCUUCCCCCUCGCCGCUCACUGCCUCUCAAGUCCCCACAGGCGACGGGUGUCCCGCUCCCGCAGCGGGCGCUGUGACCCCAGUUUCUCGUGCACCGCCGGCUAGGCUCGCCGGCCACCUACACCAGCUGCCCAUCAGGUCAGCUGCCAGUGCCAAGACCCCUGCCAGCUGCAGCCAUGAACUCCUCAAUGAAGGACCACCUCGAUGCCAGCAGCUCUGAGCCCCUUGCAGCUGUGAUCAUUGGCAAUGGCCCCUCGGGCAUCUGCUUGUCCUACCUGCUCUCAGGCUACACCCCCUACGUGAAGCCAGGCGCUGUCCACCCUCACCCCCUGCUGCAGAGGAAGCUCACCGAGGCGCCAGGGGUCUCCAUCCUGGACCAGGACCUGGAUUACCUGUCUGAAGGCCUCGAAGGCCGGUGCCAAAGCCCUGUGGCCCUGCUCUUUGAUUCCCUCCUGCGGCCAGAUACAGACUUCGGGGGAAACUUGGAGUCGGUGCUCACCUGGAAGCGCCAGAAGGAGCGAGCCAUCCCCCAUGUGGUACUGGGCCGGAACCUGCCCGGGGGCGCCUGGCAUUCCAUUGAAGGCUCCACAGUGACCCUGAGUCAAGGCCAGUGGAUGGGGCUCCCAGAUCUGCAGGUCAAGGACUGGAUGCGCAAAAAGCGGAGAGGUCUCCGAAACAGCCGAGCCACAGCCGGGGACAUCGCCCACUACUACAGGGACUACGUGACCAAGAAGGGUCUGGGCCACAACUUCGUGUCCGGUGCCGUGGUCACAGCUGUGGAAUGGAGUAUACCUGAGUCUGGCAGUUCCAGGUCCCAGGACCCUAGCCCCCUCUUCCAGGUGAGCGGCUUCCUGACCACCCAGGACCAGAGCCCACAGCCCUUCUCUCUGCGCACCCGCAACGUAGUCCUGGCCACAGGCACGUCUGACAGCCCAGCCCGCCUAAACAUCCCGGGGGAGGCCCUGCCCUUCGUCCACCAUGAACUGUCAGCCCUAGAGGCGGCCACGCGGACAGGUGCGGUGACCCCGGCCUCAGAGCCCGUCCUCAUCUUGGGCGCGGGGCUAUCAGCGGCUGACGCGGUCCUGUAUGCCCGUCACUACAACGUGCCAGUGAUUCAUGCCUUCCGGCGGGCUGUGGACGACCCCGGCUUGGUGUUCAACCAGCUGCCCAAAAUGCUGUACCCCGAGUACCACAAGGUGCACCAGAUGAUGCGUGAGCAGUCCAUCCUGUCGCCCAGCCCCUAUGAGGGCUACCUCAGCCUCCCCGAGCACCGGCCGCUACUCUUCAAGGAAGACCACCAGGUUGUGUUCCAUGACCCACAGGGUGGACAGAAGGUCUUUGGUGUCUCCCUGGUGCUGGUCCUCAUUGGCUCCUACCCUGACCUCUCCUUCCUCCCUGGGGGAGGCGCCGACCUUGCUGUGGACCCCAGCCAGCCACUGAGCACCAAGAGGAACCCUGUUGACGUGGACCCUUUCACCUACCAGAGCACCCACCAGGAGGGCCUGUAUGCUGUGGGGCCACUGGCUGGGGACAACUUUGUGCGGUUUGUGCAGGGCGGUGCCCUGGCUGUGGCCAGCUCCCUGCUGAGGAAGGAGACCAGGAAGCCACCCUAGCACAGGGUGUUCGUCCUGAGGCCCUGAGGAGGAGGGGAGAUCUCAACAGCCCUGCAAAGAUACCCCGGUGAGGGGGGCUUCUCCUGGCAGGAGACAGGAGGGGCCAUGAGCCCAUGCAACUGGCCUCUGGGGAUGAGGAGGAGGGGCACAGGCUGCUCCGGACUCAGACUGAAGCCGAGGAGCCAACAGUGACCACAGGCCCAGCGCAGAUCUGCAUUAGCAAUCUAGGGGAAAAGGUGCCCAUGUGAGCUGGGAUUACUGGGGCCAGCACCCCGACAGGUCCCAAAUAAAACUAGCGCCUAACUCUACCCUGUGUCCAAAGACUCUAUUUGGGGAGGUGGCUGGGUGCCUGGGACCCUGCGCUUUGAGCCAGAGGCCUGUGGACUGGGGUGGGGAGAAUACAGAUGUAGGGGUUGUUAGGCGCCGUUGAGCCGGUUCUGACUUGUAGUGACCCUAUGUACGUCAGAACAAAACACCACCCGGUCCUGUGUCAUUCCCACAGUCCUCAUUAUGCUUGAGCCCAUCAUUGCAGCCACUGUGUCAAUCCAUCUUGUUGAGGGUCUUCCUCUUUUUCACUGACCCUCUAA